GCGGAGCCGCCGCUGUCUUUGUGUUGUUAUUACUCUAGCCGCUGCGUACCACUGACAAGUUCUUCGUGUCAUUUUUCUAGCAGCGACACAUCCGUGAUAAUUUGUUUGUGUCAUUAUUCUUGCUAAGACAUGUCAGUGAUAAUAAUUCUCUGUGUCAGGAUUCUAGCAAUGACACAUCAAUGACAAUUUCUUCGUGUCGUUAUUCUUGCUAAGACAUAUCAGUGAUAAUAAUUCUCUGUGUCAGGAUUCUAGACACGACAUAUCAGUGACAAUUUCUGCGUGUCUUUAUUCUAGCUACAACAUAUCAGUGAUACUUUCUUCGUGUCGUUAUUCUAAUUACUGACCUGACUGUGUUGCAAGUGCCGUAAAACACUUAUUAAAACAAACAUUUCUAGCUACGACAUACCAGUGAAAAGUUCUUCGUGUCAUAAUUCUAGCUAUGACAUACCAGUGAUAUUUUUUUCCCCGUGACAUAAUUCUAGCUAUGACAUAACAGUGAUAUUUUUUUCGUGUCAUAAUUCUAGCUUCAACAACAUACCCGUAAUAAUUUCUUUGUGCCGUUACUCCAGCUGCUACACACCAGUGAUACCUCAGUGAGGGGCCUUUGUUGUUGCGUUGCACUGUUCGGAUGUUCCAGUGCGUACCUGCUAACUGAGGGACAUGGCUGCGUACUGCACCUCCAAGAACACAGUGGAUCUGGCCAUUGACCCUCUGAUCCUGUGCAAGCUGUGUCUGUCUGAAUGUCCCCUGGACGCCAUGUACGAGCUGGUGGACUGCAAGUGUCUCUUUUGUGAAGUGUGCAUGCGCCAGUACCUGGCUGUGCUCAUCACUGAGGGAAUGGUGGCAGAAAUCACAUGCCCAGACGCCCAGUGCAAGAAGCAAGGAAAGCUGUCGGUGAAAGAGAUUGAAAAACUGGUAGAUAAACAGGCAUUUCUCAGAUACAAGCGCCUACAUUUUCAAAGAGAGGUGGACUUGGACCCAAAUCGGACAUUUUGUCCAGAGAUUGGCUGUGAGACGGUGUGUCACGUCUGCUCCUCACAGGCCCACGCUGCGGGGGCGGGGGCAGCUACGGUGGACUCCGUGCCUGUGCAAUGUCCCACGUGUGGUCUUCAGUUUUGCUCUGUGUGCAAAACGAAAUGGCAUGCGCCGAAAUCCUGUGAUGAAGUCGUUACGACUGGAGCGUUAGAAGAAGUGGGGAUCCCAUUCAACAACACGGAGGAUGCCAAAAUCAAGCGCUGUCCUGUCUGCCACGUCCCUAUAGAACGUAACGACGGCUGUGCUCAGAUGAUGUGCAAACGAUGCAAACACGUGUUUUGUUGGUACUGUCUACAGUCGCUUGACGAUGAUUUUCUGCUUCGACAUUAUGACAAAGGCCCUUGUAAAAACAAGUUGGGACACUCCAGAGCCUCAGUGAUAUGGCACCGGACACAAGUGGUGGGUAUAUUUGCCGGGUUCGGCGUUCUGCUCCUGGUUGCGUCUCCGUUCCUGCUGCUGGCCGCGCCCUGCAUCCUGUGCUGCAAGUGUAAAGUGUGUCGCUGCUGCCAGGAGGAAGAAGGGGACGGCUUCUCCACCUGACACGAGGACGCGCCCGACCACACCGCCUCCUUCAUAUGUUGUGUGUUGACUUGACUCGCUGGAAAGUUCCAUAUGCAUCAGCUCAGCAGCUACGUAGUGACUUUGAUGAUGAUGAUAGUGAUGAUGUUGUUGAUGAUGAGGAUGAACAAGGACGGUUAUAGGUCUACUUGAGCCCAGUAUUAGUAAUAUUAUAACUAUCUGUAUUGAUUCUAUUAUUAUUAUUGUCAUCAUAUUACUCAAAACUGAAAACAAUAACUUGAUAAUACUUUAAAAGAACUACUAGUCCCUCUUAUCAAACCCUUUGAUGCCAUGGGGUGGGUGUUCCUACUGUCAACACUAAUUUUCUGCUAAGCUCACAAGCCAGGAUAACAGUCGCAUGUCUCAGUGUCAGUGAACUCACUGUCUGGGGCUUGCCCACGAGUGACAUUCCAACCUCAGGUCUUCGAUAGUGUCGUUUUCCUCAUUUUCUUCCUUCCCUACAUUCCCGUUCUUGCCCAUAAUAUCGAGGGACCUGCAAAUCUAAGUGAAAAAGUUAACUUUUCUGCCUUUUAAAAGUCAUUUUAGUGUUUAUGUUUAGCAAGAGCGGUAUUUCAUCUGCAAGACUAGACCUGUGUAAAUAGAUCACUUGCAAGCUUAGCAGUGAACUAAAAUAAUAAGCGUAUUUGGAGCAGAUAUGUGCAAUUUUUUAUCCCCUAAUCCGAAUCCACACUGUGCCUCUAGUUCAAAUACAGCCCAGAAGAAUAAGAGCCAGAUGAUUAACGGGACCUACAUGUAACAUCGUAUAAGAAUGGCAAAUUUUGCCAAUUUCUGUGACAUCAUAACACGCCACAAAGCUAAAAA